AAACGAGACGAUUUCUUAAAGAACUUUUAGGUUAGAAACACGAAAAAACGAAAGCGAAAUAUCAUUUUUUGGCUCAUUUAUCGUAUUUUUAAAUUGAGCGCAGGCUUAAAACUGCUUUGAAAAUAGCGAAUUAGGUCCAUACGCCAGUUAAAAAUGCUUUAAAAAUAGCGAUUUAGGCCUGAGUAAAGGCGGCUUGCAGUUACUUAUAAAAUGUUGUUAAAGUCAGCGAGUAUUUUGAUUCUGUAAAUUAAAGACAAUCCAGUGCAACAAACCACUUCCUUACCUCAGUUGUGUGGUGUCGUAUUUACUUGCGAGAAGCCGUAGCCUCGGCCAUUACGCUUUCAUUUGCUACGGUGUAUUUUGUUUCUUUCAACGCUGAGGGAACACGAACAGUCAUCUAGCGAUGAAAUUCCUGAAGUUCGUUGUAUCCAUCCUUCUCGAACCCAUGUUACAGAAAAAGCGAGCAGGUUCGAUGUUCGCUGUAUCAGUAUCGACUAUAUUUCUUUCGUGAACAGCUGAUAUAAAUUAAAGGAAGGCACCUCCACUUGCACAGUACGAGGACAAACAGUCAAAGACGUCGUAGCCUUUAACUGAGGUAGAGCAUUCAACAAUCGAGAAGAAGAUUACGGAGACGUUUUUACAGCGGUGAAAAGGGCUUUGACGUAAACGAUAGUGUAAGCCUACUCUUGUAGAAUCGGGUCAGUUUUCAAGUGAACGCGACCAAGAAGAAACGAAACCCACCAGGGACCCAGUUGAUUAAAAAUCCAAUGCAUGUUUUCGUGCAGCGUAAAACAUGCUUAAACAGAAGAAUAAGUGAUUGUGAUGUAAAGUUUUCGGAACGUUAACGAGUCAAGUAAAAUAAAAAUGAUUUUUUGAGCCACGUAGUGUAGUGUUGUAGAAGAGAGACUGGUAAGCGAGAGGUAUGCGAAAGGUAAGGGGUUCGAGACCAGCAUGAGUACAAAGAAAAAAAGAAAAAAAAAAAUGCGUAAGGACCCUGGGUAGUAUGGCGGAGAAAAAGAGAGAAGAAUGGAGUUUAGCCAAGAAGAGAAUCGGCAAAAAGACAGCGCACAAUGAAAUCCUCUUUUAUUCAUACAGCAAGUAGUAAUUAUCGGCCAUGUAUAUAUUCAAUGCCUUAGGGAGUUGCUUUUGCCUUCAAAUACAAUAGAGUACAUACAUAAUUAAUCAUUCUGCAUACAUAAUAAAUGUAUAGGGUAGCCUGCGAAAAUAGCCGUCCUUCUUCGCUCCCCGCCCGAGUGGCGUUUCGCCGGGAGCGAAGAAGGACGGCUGUUUUCGUAGGCUAUGUAUGGGGCUAUAUGGAAAAAUUUCCCUCUUUUCCCUAAACGUGUGUCACAAAUAUUUCUCUGUUUAUAUUUAUAAUACUAACUAAUGUAAACCCUGUAAACAGUGCACAAUAAAGAAGUCGAAGUUGAUGUUAAAGUUUUCAGAAGAUUAAACUUUCAGAUUAACACUGAAUUAUCUGGCACACUCGUCACUUGAUCGCGGUCUUCUGGAACUGACAAAACUACGGGUGCGAAUUGCUUCAUUUCAUGCGACACACACAGAAAUACGUGUCAAGUCAAUAUAUGAACACACCUGGCAUAAAUUAAAGGAAGUGGUUUCUAGACCUUACCUAAGAGAGUUUAUUGCAAUAACUGGAAUCGCAGUAACUGUUUGUUCAAUAUGCAUGAAAGUGUCGUUGUCUUUGUUUAUUACCGAUGAGAAAAGAAGCACCAGAUCUAGAAUAUAGCUUAUACUAGCGGCCAGUUUGACUCUCAAUUUAACUCACAAUCCUCUCGAAAUUGAAUGUAAUGAAUAUAAUCCAAAUUACUACAUGUGGAUAAAGAUUCCUUCUAAUGAAAGAACGAGCACGACGUAGCCUUUUUUGGUCUUAGAGUGGAGAUAGCCACCAAACUUUACGUUUGUUUGUUUUUUUUUUGGGGGGGAGGGGGUAACGACUGGUAUAAGAUAUGUCAAGUCGUUCACCUCUUCUGUACUCCUUUUGUUAGCGGACUCACUUGUGUAGAAUUACAGAAUCACAAUAAAUUUCGCUAAAAAAAAUUAAAGGUAUCUUGAUACUGUCAACAUAUCUGGCUGCAAUAUGGAAUUUACUGACUGGUUAUAUCCCCUUUUUGUGAUAUAUUACGCAGGCAGGUUCCAGAAGCCGAUGAAAAGAAAUUUAGGCCAGUUUGGUGCUAUGGUCUUGUGUGAAACCAAAAGAAAUCCGCUUCAUUAUAUCGGCUAUGGCUGCUGGUGUGGAUUUGGAGGAAAAGGAACGCCUGUGGACGAGAUUGAUCAAUGUUGUUAUAUACAUGACCGAUGUUAUGAUAACAUAACAGAGAAAGGCACUUGCCCCUUCGAAAUAGGAGUUUACGCUAAUGUCUACAAGAGAAAAGACUGCACUCGUUGUGCUGAGAUAUCUAUCUUUGGGAACUCUCGUUGUGAGAAGGAGCUGUGUGAAUGUGACGCAGCGGCAGCACGAUGCUUCAAGAAGUACGACUCCAAGUUCCAAGAUCGAUACAAGAACUACGAUAAAUCAUCAUGCUAGACACAAAGAAAUACAGUGAUAUAUGUUGUUGACAAAAAUAAAAGAUGAUUGUUCUGGAAGAUCAAAUAAAAUAAUCAUUUGGGAUUGCACGGAUCAAGAUUUGGUUAGAUAUUGUGGUAAAGCACUUUUCUUUAGUGUUAGAGGAGAUAGAUAUGUUAAAUUUCCAAUGACUUUCUCAUCUUGUCAUCGAUUAUCCCUUUUGCAAGUCAAAUAAAUGAACAGGGGCUUACCUGUUUAUGGAUCCACGACCGAACUCAAAAUGUAUCAAGUAUACUAGACCCAGUUGUAAGCUAACAAACUUUACUGUAUUGCCAGGGGAGGUUCGACAGGAAUCCCAAGGUACACUGCGGAGUCUCAAUUCUGUGAUGAAAAUUUGUUUCGCUUUUUCGUGAAAACUGUUUGGAUCUUCCUGCAAAACUCAUGGCAGCUUCUUCAUUAAUUCGCUUGUGACAUCAUCAUACAAGCGUUUUCAAUUUCUCUAUUUUUUCGUGGCGUACCUGUAAACUAGCUUUUUAGCUAAGCGUAUCGACCACGUUAAAUAUAUUGAUUGAUUGAUUGAUUGAAUUAACUGUUUCGCAUCAAACUCGUUUUUAACGUGGUUGCGCCACUAUGAUGAACAUUUUAUUUCUUUUUCAUUGCUUCCGGGAUAGCAUUGUCAUUACUUCUUAUAUCUAUGCGUUGGAAAGCUCGCCAAUGUCAGUUGUUUUCUUUCAUUUCUACGACGGAACGCUUCUAAGCACGAUAAAAUAAGCUCAGCUACUCUUUUCACUCUCUUUCGCCAUAUUUGGUCUCACUCAGGCAUAAUAAUAGGAACAGAAAUCUAGUUACAAAUGCAUGCGUGAGAUUGACUAAUUUAUGACAAACGGAGUCGAGAAGAGUGGAUUCAGGUUAUGAAGAAAUAACUGGGCUGAAUUUGAAAUUAAAACAGAAAACCUUUGUCCGUAUAAUUUGUUGAAAUAUGUUAUUUUCCAUCUUAUUGCGCUAUUACAUCAACCUUUCUUCGAACAAGCGAUUGACAAUUCGGAAGGCUUUUUCACAGUUUGUGAGAACUGAUACAAAAUGGCUUGCUAGAGAGUGGCGUCUGUAUUAAU